AUGCCAGCAGAUGCGCCCGCGUUGGACCACCCAUCGACUUCACCAGUAGCUACCCGCGAGUCUGACUAUAAUAUCAAUGUCACCCAGUUACGACUAUUACACCAUUACACCAUGGUUACAGCAAAAACUUUGGCAACACAUCUGGACGCCGAGGAGGUUAACAGUGUGAAUGUUGUUCACAUCGCCUUUGAUCAUGUCUAUUUGCUUCACAGUCUGCUCGCUUUGGCCGCACUACACAUCAGCCAUAUGGAAAGGAGUCGGGCGGAGUCUCGAAGUGCCUAUCUCAAUUUAGCUGAGCAGCAUUACGCAACAGCACUUGACAGCUUCCGACUCCUGGUGUCCGACAUCGACGAGUACAACUUCAAAGCCAUUCUCAUGUUUGCUGGGACUCUCUUUCCUUACUCCUGCGCACUAGCCAUGGCAGUUAGUAGUGACCUAGAUCAUGCUUUCGACAUUGUUUUGUCCAACAUGGUUCUCACUCGAAAGGUCAGGCCAAUGGUCGAUCGAUUCUUCGAUGCUAUGAAAAGCUCGGAGCUCGGGCGCUUGAUUCCAAAAGACGUAGAGCGGAUUGAUUGGAGCAUUAUCAAGGUCCCCACUUACACAGAGCUUGUGCAACUGCGACGGUUUAACGCUGUGAUCGACCAGGUGUACCCUCCAGCUAUCGUGGAUGCAUACAGCAACGCGAUUCAUCUGCUUGAGAUGGUUUUUCAGGAGACAACGCUUUCACCGCAUCUACCUUCCAUUACUCUAUUGAAGAUUUGGAUGCAUUUCGUCACCAACCACUACGUGGAGCUACUGUCUGAAAAGCAACCGGGGGCACUCAUUAUCUUUGCUCACUAUGCGGUGUUGCUGCAUAGAAGCGAUUACUAUUGGUUUCUUCAAGGAACCGCAGAGCAGAUACUCAAAAUAGCUGACGUUCUGGUUCCGAGUGAGUGGAAGUCGUGGCUGGAUUGGCCCAAGGAACAGAUCUGGAAUCAACAAGUUCCAUCCAGUGCAGGCUGA